UCUAAAGACACUGUCACUGGCAUUGAGCCAACAUGGCUUCCUUUCCGUGUAAACAACAACAGCAUCAAGUGAAGGGGGUUUGAGUUUAGGCCUAUUACCUCGCAUAUGCUCUGUCUCUUGGAUUUCGCAAAUAAUACGCAACUAUAAAUAGUUAUGUAACCUACAACGAUGUGCCGAAGGUGUUUCUAAUUAUUGUCCUUCAGACAACUCAUCAUCCUCCUCUCCGACUGGGUAGUUCAAUAGCCAUGUCCUCGCAUCAGCCCACCAGUUCAGCCUCCAACAGUCCCACCAGCACCUUUGGCUCACCUUUCUCAGUCAUCAGCCCCUCACUGGGCUCCCCUGGUGUGGCACCCUCCAUGGGUUAUGGGCCUAUUAGCAGUAGUCAGAUCAACUCUACAAUGGGGAUGCACUCGAUCAGCAGCUCCGAUGAUGUCAAGCCCCCGUUUGGCUUGAGGCCUAUGUCUGCACACAGCCCUGGGAUAAUGCUCUCCCAGAAACGCAUGUGUGCCAUCUGUGGAGACCGCUCCUCUGGUAAGCACUAUGGUGUGUACAGCUGUGAAGGCUGCAAGGGCUUCUUCAAACGCACAGUUCGCAAGGACCUGAGCUACACCUGCAGGGAUAACAAAGAGUGCCUGGUGGACAAGCGCCAGCGCAACCGCUGCCAGUACUGCCGCUACCAGAAGUGUCUGGCUAUGGGCAUGAAGAGGGAAGUGGUCCAAGAUGAACGUCAGAAAUCAGUCCAGGAGGAGCGUCAGAGGAUCAGGGAGCGAGAGGAGGGACUGGAGUGCAGCAGUGCUGUGAACGAGGAGAUGCCCGUGGAGAAGAUCUUGGAGGCGGAGACGUCCGUGGAGCAGAGGGUGGAGCUCCACUCUGACGCAGGCUCCGCUGGUAGCUCUCCCCAUGAUGCGGUGACAAACAUCUGCCAGACUGCAGACAAGCAGCUGUUUGCAUUGGUGGAGUGGGCCAAGAGGAUCCCCCACUUCUCUGAGCUGCCCCUGGAUGACCAGGUCAUCCUCCUGCGUGCAGGAUGGAAUGAACUUCUGAUCGCCUCAUUCUCCCACCGCUCCAUCGCUGUGAAGGACGGGGUCCUGCUGGCCAAUGAGCUGCACCGGGACAACGCACACAGUGCAGGGGUGGCGGCCAUCUUUGACAGGGAGAGUGUGCAGAGUGCAGAGGUGGGAGCCAUAUUUGACAGAGUUCUCACUGAGCUGGUCAGUAAGAUGAGAGACAUGCAGAUGGACAAGACCGAGUUGGGCUGCCUCAGAGCCAUCGUCCUCUUCAACCCAGACGCUAAAGGUCUAUCCAACACCGGGGAGGUGGAGCUCCUGAGAGAGAAGGUCUAUGCGUCACUGGAAGCCUACUGCAAGCAGAAAUACCCAGAGCAGCAGGGAAGGUUUGCUAAGCUCCUCCUCAGGCUGCCAGCUCUACGUUCUAUUGGCUUGAAGUGUUUGGAGCACCUGUUCUUCUUCAAGCUGAUUGGUGACACCCCUAUCGACACGUUCCUAAUGGAAAUGCUUGAAGCGCCUCAUCAGUUGGCAUAGAGGUGGUGGGAGUGGAGAGGUGUUCUGUGGCCGGGGUUAGAUAGCUUGGGUCUGGGGAUUUGCUGGAGUGGGACUGCACUUUUAGUUAUUUGGGGAAUUCAGCAAUUUCUCUCACUGCUGUCUGGGUUAUGCUAUUUAGUACACCACCACAUUGUCUCUUUCAGAGCAUACAUCCCUAAGACUUGUGAUCUACAGGCUGGUGCUAUAUAUUAAUAUAACUUCUUGAAUAACUGAGAGAGGGAAAAAAAUAGUAAAGUAUUUUUAAAAAAUUGGACGCUUUAGUUCCCUUACUCUGGUUUAUCGAAGCUACAAUUUGGGUAAAUGUUUUUUAUAUAACUAUGUUCAUGCUUUUUAGACGAACCCCAAAUGAUAAGCUUAAAUUCUGUAAGUGAUCCCACCCGUAACCUGUUUUUAAAAUGAAGGUAACCUGGAUGCAACGAGACUAAUUUAACCUUUUUAUCAUUUAUAAUUGGAACAAGAUCUUUUUGAAAAAAACAUUAAAAACAGGUUUUAUUGUCAAAUCUUGGGAAAGUACAUUACUGUACCAAGCGAGCGCUCACUGCAUACCAUGUGUCUGACUCUUAGCUCCUAGUGGUUUUGUAUCCCUCUCAGAUGACCAGAAAGCAACAUGUUAACAAUAAACCCAGGAUACAAAAUGAGUAGGUGAAUCACAACCGAACACGGAGCAGAUUUGUGUUGACUGUGUUGAGUAGCUUUAUUUGUCUAGUAAUAUGCUAUUAGCGUUGUUUAUCUCUUUGCUGUUUUGUAAAAUGUAAUCACCUUGCAGGCAAAAAGAUUGAGCUACAUUGCACAUUUUUGCAAUGUACUAUUUCUACACCAUACUAUACAAGUAAUCAAAUGUCUGGCCAGCAAACAGUCUAGUGUUUGUACUUUUGGUGCUAUAUGACAGACAUUUGCCAUAACUCAUUUCAGCCAUACACCAAACUGCAAACUGAAAAAAUUAUGCAAGAAACAAAAAAAUAAUAAUCUAAAAUGUUGUAAAUGUAGCAAUACAAAAUGAAUACAUAUGCUUUCUUUCUGCUUGUCAACUUGUCUGUUCUGGGGUUUUUACAAAGUUAAUCAUUGUCUGUUUUAGAAAGGGAAUACUCCAAUAUGUAAUUUAUCUAAACAAUUUUAAGGUACUGUGCAAAUAUUGUUCAGGGAAAAUACUAUAUAUUGAUAGGUUUGAAUAAUGAGGUCAGGAGACAGACAAAUUAUGUAAUAAUUGAUAUGUGCCCUUGCUAUUAGUUCACCAAUUGUAUAGAGCAGAUCAUGUCUUAGGUUGUACUGGAUUCCCUAAAGCCCUGUUUAUACAUUUACAUUUUAGUCAUUUAGCAGACGCUCUUAUCCAGAGCGACAUACAGUUAGAGAGUGCAUACAUUUU